CAUGCCACUUGCACCACAUGCCACUUGCACCUUCUCCAACUUUCCACUCUCACUCUCAUUUUCUUGUCGUCAAAUUCGUAUCGUUUCAUAUAUACUCUCUCAUUCACUGAUUUUUGAGUCCACCUCUCUUCCAAUUCACUCUUGAUUCUGGGCUGCCUAUGACGCUCAACAUGCCUUCCAACACUACCGGGGGCUCAGUAGUCCCGCGCAAGCCAAUAACAUCGCAACCACCGCAAGAGUCGCCAGCUGGAAGAGUGGCGCGUCAAGCCGAGUGUACGUACUUCCUUUUGAUAGCUACUUCCUUUUGAUAGCAAACUCUCCGGAAUUUGCACAUGUCCAAUUUCCCCUCUUACGCAUUCCCUUCAUAUAAUUCCUUGCACCCAAAGCUCCCCCAAAUUUCCGUUCCGUUGCGUUGCUGUUGGUAUUCACGCUUUCUCUCCCUAACCACAUUCCCUUGCACUACCGGUACUCUACUCGAGUACGCCGGAAGAUUCUGGUACGGUGCAGAAUACCUGUACUCCGUACUGCUACUACGGUACCUGCAUAACCUGGAACUCCGCAGAGACGGUGGCAAGCUCGCAAGCCAGUUUGGCAGCGGGUCUGGUUCCUAAAAGAGACCUUCUCUGUCGUUGUAGCCCCGCUUAUAUCAACCUUCAACGGUGCUUCACUGCACUGCUGCACAACCUGGAAUCCCCUACAUCCACAUCCUACACCUACACCCAACCCAACACAAUACAAUCACUCCGAACCACUUGUAUACACUCCUAUCCCGCACAAAUUACCUCGACCAACAUCCACCUCCUAACCCUAGCUUCACCCACUAAUCCCCGACCGCCUCUACCUGCAGAUCAUCGGCCCUCACGAAUCAUCCAACCACAGUCCGGAUCCAUCGAGGGCGGCAUGUCUGACCAAUAUUCUAACCACGCCCCGCGUCUAAGUGCAACCUUCAUUCCAGGGCACGAUGAUGAUUUUUUCGUCCCAGAGAUUGUCUCCCCUGCACCCCAAAGGUAGGACACAGGACACCAAACUACCAACCCUCUCCCGGUAAGAGAGAAAGGGGCUAACCUGACCUAAUAUAGGAUAAUGCCCGAAGUACCCUCAAAUAUGCAAGAGCAACUUACACAUCUUGAACAACAUCCUCCUCCACCAACACAUCGACUGAGUAACGCUUCAUCAAUGUCCGGAAUGCAGUCUCCUCCCUUUCUUGAUCAACAUAGGAUACAGAAUAAUUAUCCCUCCAGCCAACAUGAACGAGGGCCUGGCUUUACUGCCAGCUACGAACAUACAAAUGCUUCCGCCUACCAGAAUAUCGAUCGAGACAAUGUGCAAUACGGGGGAGGACGACCAGAUCCAGAUUCACCGAGAUUCACACCUUUUCCAAAACCUCGGGAUGCUGGUCCCAAUGUUCCCUUGUCGGACGAGGAUAAAGAGGAGGUAUUGGAAAGGGCGAGAACGUUGGUUCUCAAGUCCACCGAUCCAGAAAUGCAGUUAGCUUGGGCUCAGGAUGCUCUCUCUUGGGUGGAGGUAGCUCAGCAGUGUGCAGGUCGGCUGCAGGCCGAAGGACAUCCAGCAAGAUCUGUGACACCAAAGACCGAGCACUCGUUGAGGAUAGAUGCGUUGAGUAUUGUUGGCUUUCUCGCAGAUCAACAUCAUCCAAAGGCAGAGUUUAUGCGCAGUAUGUGGUAUGAAUUUGGAAAGUUCAAUCAUCCGGUGGACAAAAAGGAAGCAUUUCUGGGUUAUAAAAGGGCUGCCGAGAGAGGAUUUGCUCGUGCGGAAUAUCGAAUGGGUAUGCAAUUCGAAAGCUCCAACAACUCGGUCAAGGCCAUCGAUCAUUAUAGUAGAGGUGUGGAGAUGGGCGACUCGGCAGCACACUACAGAUUGGGCAUGAUGACAUUAUUGGGACAGCAUGGUAUGCCACAAGAUUUCCGUCGUGGUGUGGAUUUGGUUCGCUAUUCUGCAGAAACCGCAGACGAGAAUGCACCCCAAGGAGCUUAUGUUUAUGGAAUGCUUCUUUCUCGAGAAUUGCCCAACAUUUCGGUUCCAGAGCAAUUUUUGCCCUUUGAUUUGAACGAUGCCAAAUUGUUCAUUGAAAAGGCAGCAUAUCUUGGAUUCGCCAAAGCCCAGUUAAAGAUGGCGCAAGCAUACGAAUUAUGUCAAUUGGGGUGUGAAUUUGAGCCGGCUCUCUCUUUACACUACAAUUCUUUGGCAGCUCGCCAAGGAGAGUCAGAGGCCGACAUGGCGAUCAGCAAGUGGUUUUUGUGCGGGUAUGAAGGAGUAUUUGAAAAGAACGAGGAAUUGGCUUUUACGUACGCGAAACGAGCCGCAGGAACCAAAAUGGCAACGGCGGAAUUUGCCAUGGGCUACUUUUACGAAAUCGGAAUGUACGUUCCAGUAGAUUUGGAAGAAUCAGCCAUGUGGUACGCAAAAGCUGCGGAUCAUGGGAAUAAGGAUGCUCUGGGAAGAAUCGACAGCAUCCGCAAGAAUAGUACACUGUCAAAGAAGGAUCACGAACAAGUUGCCAUAAAUCGGAUCAAGUCGCAACAUGGUUCUCAACGUGGAGGGCGACCAGAACGAUUCAAGCAACGAAAUAACCCAAUGCCUUCAAUCGCAGACAGCAUGUCAGCCCCAUAUCCUGAAAAUGAUGUUGCUCCUGUCUUUAAUGGUCAAGCGCUUCGGAGCCCAGGUGGUGGACCAAUGUCAGAUCAAGCAUCUUCUGCAUUUGGAAUCAAACCUCUUGGAGGACCGGGUUACGAUCAAGGUCCUGGUAGAGGGCAUGACGGGAUGCGGGCAUCAAGUAGCAUGGGGAAUAUGCAGGUUCCUGCUGGAAGAGGUCACAAUGCGCCUGGGAGGGCCGCUAUUGUAUCGACAGGCUGGGAUCCUCAAGGACAAGGCAGAAUGCCUCCUCCGCAACAGCAAGGAGGAUUUUUACCACCGGUCGAUAUUGGUCGUCCAUUUGACCAAACAAGACAAGGUCAAAAACCAGCGCCUUUGAAUCCAAACAAACCUCAACGGCCACCACCCCCAGGUCAAGGAUAUUCUCCCGACCCCAGAGGUCAACAGGGAUACUCUCCUGAUCCAAGAGGUCAGCAAAAUUUCCCUGCUCGUCCAGGUCCUCCACCUAUGAUGAGUCCUCCACAAACUCCUGGAUAUGGAAACCCGCAUGCAAAUAAUUCAAGUCGAGCCUCGAAUCGACCACCCCCUCAACAUGCCAUGUCUUCCCACCAGCAACGUCCUGAUUCUUCACAUACUGGCUCGAUACAUGGUGGACCGAACUCUAGACCAGGUUCGGCAGCUCCAUCAGUUACGCCAUCUACUGCUUCCUCGACAGCGUCGAAGAAGCCUGCCAAAGCUGGACCUGCUACUUUUGAGGAAAUGGGUAUUCCUGUUACUAAGCAAGACAACGAAUGUGUAAGUCUCGAAUACUUUUUGGGUAAUGGAAUCCGAGCUAAUUUUGAUAGGUUGUCAUGUAAUCGGUCUGUGGUGUGUUGUUUUUUUCUUUAGCGCUGCAAAAAUAUAUCAUCUGGGAUAUGGAUAUGCAUUGGGAUCUCUCGGGUAAUGGUGGUGCAUAAUUUUGUUCUUUGCUUUGAGCGAGCAUACAUGGGCGUUGGUUUUUAUUCAAUCCUUUUUACACAUUCUGAAAUGGAGGUCAUUCAUGUUUGGUGAUCACGUUUAUGGUUAAUCUGGAUGCGCAUUUCUUAAUAAUCCAUGGGGAGGGUUUUUGUAAUAUUUGUAUAUAUUUUGAGGAGGUCGCGUAAGUAGAAUGAUGAAGUAAGUAUUUUUAAAAUGUG